CCUAUCUCGUGAGUUGGCUCCUCUCCUUGCCCUAUAUAAACAGAUCAUACUAUGCAAACCAUGCACAAAUGUGAAAGUAUCAUAAAGUGUUUAAUUAAACAUGGCUCGGACACUACUGAUUUACGCAGCCUUUUUCCUUUUCAUAAGCUUAGUCCACUCUGUAAGCCCUCCACCGUUUUCUAAGAGACUGGCUCCCACACUAUCUCCGUCCAUCAGCAGUAGAAUUGGGGGCGGAGGAGGAGGCGAGGGUGGUGGCGGUGGCAGCAGUUCCGGUCCGGGUAGUGCAGGGUCAGGGUUUGGUUCAGGGAGUGGGUAUGGCCGUGGAAGUGGUGGCGGUGGAGGAGGCGGAGGGGGAGGUGGUGGAGGUGGCAGCGGUGGUGGUAGUGGUUCUGGCUUCGGAGGUGGAACUGGCUUUGGAGGUGGUGGUGUUGGCACUGGAGGAUUUGAUGGCUCUGGAGGUGUAGGCAUGCCUGGGAAAUUAGAUAGGAAGAGUUCCCCAGGCUACCAUUAAUUUAGAGCAAUUAAUAUACAUAAGCUGCGUGUGUUUCCUCCUACAAUUCUACUUGAA